AUGACUUCAACAAACAUCAACACACCUCCCUCACAAGCGGAGACGAUUGCCAGACUUCUGCAGCUAGCAGAUCCAGCUGUUGUCCAAGAAUUGCUUGCAAGAAGUGCCACCGCUCCAAAAUAUGGUGAAGAAGGUAGUGUUCCACCACAGACGCCCAAAACAAGCAGAAACACAUCCCAAUCCUUCACACACGACUCAAGUAGUCCAGAAGACGAUGGACAUCUCUCGUCAAGUUCACAAUCUUGGGACGAGUCUCCUCGCCCAAAGAAAAAGGUCUCCAGCAAAAAACACUCACCCAGUCAAGCCAAAACACGCAAAGAAGAAGCCAGAAAAUCUUUCGUGACUCCCUUGACACCGUCGUCGACUCGCACUUCUCGAACUGCUUCCCUCUCAACUCCUUCUCGUCCGAAGAAAACGACGUCUUUACCAACUUCAAAACGAGCAUCACAGGCCCUGAACCACUCCCUUCAGGGACAUGCAAACGAUACAGAUGAUACCACUCUGCCUGAUGUGGAUGAGGAGACUUCGUUGAAGAGAUUUGUUGUCGGGCUAGACUACGGUACCACGUUCACAUCUGUUUCAUAUCUUUCUCAUCCUAUCGACGACGAUCACCCUCAGGCAUUUCCAAGCGAUAUCAAGGUGAUCAUGAACUGGCCUGAGGAUGGAAUGGGCGGUUUAAGAAGGCAGGUUCCAACGGAAGCCUGGUAUUCUUCGAUACCGAAACAGAGACCCGAAAUCGUCGAUCAAUUUGAGCUGCUCGACGACGAAGAGCAGACUGGGCCUCCAUCAAACAGCGACCACGCUUCAGCUUCCCAUUCACAUUCUCAUAACACCUCUGACAUGAGCAUGGAUGACAACCUCGACGAUGAAGAUUCUUCCAGAUACCUAUGGGGUUACGACGUACCCUACCAAAGGUUUACAGCAGGCACCACUCGAGAUGAACUCCGACUUAUCGCUCGUCCGAAGUUGAUGUUGGUCAGAUCAGAGCAUACUCGUGAAGAUCAAGCUCGCCUGAGACUUCGAUUGAGCUCACUUAUCGCUGGAGGUCUCAUACGCAAGUUCACCCACAAGGACACUGCAGAUCCAAGAGAUGUACAAGACGUCAUCACCGACUUUCUUGUUGAAGUCUUCAAUCACACCAAGCAACAACUUAUCGAGCUUGAGAACUACAGUCAGGAGUGUCCUAUCUCGUUUGUCUUGACCGUCCCCGUUAUCUGGAAUGCAAAGGCUUCUCGCGUCCUCCAGUAUGCGGUCGAGGCAGCCAUCCGAGGCUCCGGGUUUGGGACCCUUCAUCAUGGGAGUGUUGACAACCUGUUCAUCGUUACUGAGCCAGAGGCUGCUGCGACAUAUCUCCUUGGAAACUCACAUGAGAUGCUUGCUGGCGAAACCUUCAUUGUCCUAGACUGUGGUGGCGGGACUGUUGACUGUGUGACUUACACCGUCACAAGUAGUUAUCCUCUUCGGUUGAAGAGGGAAGUUGGGAAACCUUCUGGUGACAAUUGCGGGGCGAGCUAUCUCAACGAUUACUAUGAGAAGCAUCUCCUCAAGCGACUUGCCAAUGAGGACUACCUUGACACGAAUGGAGAGACGAGAGAGUCGAUUGUUAGACAUCUCGUGCCUAACUUCGAAAACCACGACAAGCGUAGCAAAGAUAUUUCUCGCAGACCAUGCAGCAGGAUCAAAAUCCCCGGCCUCCGAGGAGACCGAGAACGUGGUUUGUCAGGACCUGCUGCCAAAGGAUUCGACAACAACUUUCUUAUUCUCAACCCUGAUGACUACAACCAAAUUUUCAUGCCUCUACUAAGACGCGUAGGUCAUGUCCUUUGGUCGCAGAUUGAGACGGCUGUAACCAGGGGAAAGGAUAUCAAGAAAGUAUUCUUGAUUGGUGGUUUUGGCGCUUGUCCAUCAUUGAGAAGUUACUUGAAAGAUUUUCUCAGAGAUAGUGCAAGCGAGUUCAUGCUUAAGCAUGAAAUCAGUCUAAUUACAACCAAUGACCAAGAAAGCUUAACUGCGGUAUCCUCAGGCGCUGUCCUCCGUGCUCUUAACAAAGAAGGAGGUCCGGAGAGAAGAGCAAUUUGCAGCUACGGCUUUCUGCGCAUUCAGUAUUUUGAGCCCAAGAAAUUCAAAGGUCACCAGGGAGCAAAGCCAUUUCGAGAUCCCUUUGAUCAGGAUCUCUAUGUUGAAAGUGAGCGAUUGCUUUGCGAGGAGCUACUCUAUGUCUCCGAUCUACCGCUCGUCAUCGACGACGAGACUGAACAACCACUGAAGUCUAAUUAUCCACUCGACCAUUCUCACAACAGAGAUGCUCAAGUCGCAGGUCGCAUCAUAACCGACUUCACAUUCCUUCGCGAAGAAGGCAAAAUUCUGCCAAUCUACCCUGAAUCAGAUGAUGAGGGUGAAUUGAUUGGCAAAGCCCAUUAUGAAGUCACGUACGACCUGAUCGUUAUAGUCGAUGGGCGAAACUUGAAAUACGAAGCUAGAUAUCCUUCUGGGCAAAGCGGGAAAGCGCAAAAGAUUGCACAGAUCAGUCUCGCUGCUGGCUUCGUCCCUGGGACUGGCUGA